AGAGGGGGUGGGGGGUUUUUUGAGAGAGCGUGAGAGCGGGGGUGUGUGAGAAGAAGUGGCUAUGGCAAGAUGGGGAAGGAGGGCUCGGGGGUUUGUGCAGGUUGAAGCAUUUUUGUGCAAGCGUGGAUAGCGCACUUGGUAGUGUAGGCCCUGAUGUCGCACGCUCGAUUGUAGCCAGCUUUGAAUUCUGUUGCAGUGCUCUUUUGCAGGUGUCUGUGCUUUGAACCUCGAGAAGUUGCGCCGUUAGGUUGAAUAUGAACUUUUUCUGCUGUGUGCACGAGGAAGGGCCGGAAACAAGAUCGAGGAGGAAGCUGGAGGCAAUGAGGUGUUCUUGAUCAUGCAGGGAGGGGCUAGGGCGCGCUCUGUGUUCUGUUCCUUAGGGAAGGCUGGUUGCGGUCCUGGAAAUGCAAAGGGGAUAGCUGAUGCGGUCAUGUUUGGAGGAGGAAUGGAGUAGGAGAGAGUGGACGAUGUCGGGGCGAGGUUUUGAAUGGCGAUAGUGUAGGAGUGUGUGCAGAUUGUAUUCAUGCCUUGAGUCUGCGGGUUAUUGAGGAGCUGCUAAUUUGGAAAAGACGUGGCAGUAGCUAUGGAGCUGUGAGUGGUUGUCAUUUUGCACUUACAGGUGGUUGCCAGUCAGGUUAAUGUGGAAUCGAGGAAGUAUGCUACUGGACGAAGAUAAUCACUGCGUUCGCAAUGCAUCGGGCUAUUCACCCCGUUCCUCAGGUUGAGACUGCAGCAUGUUAUUGUGGGGGAGUAGAUGCAGGUUUGUCAGUGGGCGGAAGAAGAUUUGUGCCAGGGCGGACUGUGGGUCAUUGUGUUAGACCAGAUAUUAAACCUACCAUAAAUCUGCCAAAGAAGCCAGCACGAGGCGAAAGACGUAAUCCCCCUGAACUGUUACCAGGCCUUCCGGACGACCUAGCAAUUGCUUGCCUCAUUCGAGUACCUAGACUUCACCACCGAAAACUGCGUGUUGUCUGUAAAAGAUGGGAUCGUCUUCUUGCUGGCAACUUCUUCUAUUCUCUUCGUCGUCGACUUGGUAUGGCAGAAGAGUGGGUCUAUGUCAUCAAACGAGAUCGUGAUGGUCGCAUCUCAUGGCAUGCUUUUGAUCCUAGGUAUCAGCUUUGGCAGCCUCUGCCACCCGUCCCAGUUGAGUACUCAGAAGCACUCGGCUUUGGAUGUGCUGUUUUGAGUGGGUGCCAUUUAUAUCUUUUUGGCGGGAAGGACCCUUUGAAGGGGUCCAUGCGUCGAGUUGUCUAUUACAGUGCACGUACAAAUAAGUGGCAUCGUUCCCAACCUAUGCAGAGGAAACGACAUUUCUUUGGCUUCUGUGUCAUAAAUAACUGCUUGUAUGUGGCGGGAGGGGAGUGUGAAGGAAGUCAAAGAUCCCUACGGUCUGCGGAAAUGUAUGAUCCAAACAGAAACAGGUGGUAUUCUAUCUCCGACAUGAGCACAACUAUGGUUCCCUUCAUUGGAGUUGUAUAUGGUGGAAGGUGGUUUCUAAAGGGUUCAGGAUCUCACAGGCAGGUGAUGAGUGAAGUCUAUGUGCCAGCGACGAAUCACUGGACUCCUGUCAUGGAUGGAAUGGUUGCUGGGUGGCGGAACCCCUGUGUUGAGCUCCAUGGUAAUUUAUAUGCUUUGGACUGUCGGGAUGGGUGCAAAUUACGGAUGUAUGACCGGGAUACUGAUGCGUGGAGCCGAUCUGUUGAUAGCCGUUUUCAUCUUGGAGGUUCUCGAGCUAUGGAAGCUGUUGCUUUGGUGCCCUUAGGAGGGAAGCUAUGCAUUAUUCGGAACAACAUGAGUAUUACUCUGGUUGAUGUAGCCAGUGCGGACAUACCUGAAAAGCAGGGACAAAUAUGGGAAACGCUCUCUGGAAAGGGGCAAUUCAAGUCAUUUGUGACCAAUCUCUGGUCCAACCUUGCAGGUCGAAACCGGAUAAAAUCGCACAUUGUGCACUGCCAAGUGCUGCAAGCCUAAGCUCCAACGGAGCAAGGGCACCGCUUGGGUGUAUCAUUCUUGUUAUUCUUUUUCUGGUCUCAUUUUCCUUAUCAUAAUUCACAAUCUCAAAACCAGAUUUUUCCUCGUAUCAUUGGGGUUGAUACAGCAGCUGUCAUUCUGAUGAUAGAAAGUUUGUUACUUUGGUCCCUCACAUGGCUUCUUGAAUUUGGGAAAGAAUAAGCAUAGCAAUCCGAAGUUAGCUUUAUGCCAUUUUCAAAUUCAGGUCUGGCAGAAAUGUUGCCAGACAAUUCACCAAUGCUGCUGGAAUUUCAAUUGGCAAUUUUAAUUUAUCUGGUUUGAUGUUACUGA